AUGACUCAUCGAGGUAUAGAAUCUAGUGUCGAAUCAAUAUCCUUGUCUGCUCACCGUGGCAGAGAUGCUUGUAUAUCUAUAAUAGAAUCUCGCAUGUUUUGGCCUAAUAUUUAUUCUGAUAUAUUUUUAAAAGCUGUUCCGGAACUGCAACCAGUAACUGUGCCAACUGCUAUUAUGAAACAAAUAGGAAUAGAUAUAGCCACAUUGCCUGAAGUAAACCAAAAUAAAUAUAUCAUUGUAGCAAUUGAUUAUUUCAGUAAGUGGUCAGAAAUUAAAGCUGUUCAAAAUAAAACUGCUGAAACGGUCGCUAGAUUUUUAUUUGAACUUAUUUGUAGACAUUCCUGCAUGUCAAUACAAAUAAAUGACCAAGGUAGGGAAUUUGUUAAUCAAGUGUCAGAUCUCCUUCAUGUAUUUACCGGUACAAAACAACGAGUGACUUCAGCUUACCACCCUCAAAGCAAUUGGCCAGACAUAAUUGAUGGUGUUCUUUUUGCUCAUCGUACAGUUCGCCAUGAAAACAUUACCUUAGAAGAACCUACAAGUUCCCCAAAUGAUAUGGAAGAAGAUAACGUUUUGGAAGGACAUGAUACUAACACCUUACAUAAUGAAGUUCAUUAA